AUAGCAACCAGUUGUUAUGUUUAAACAAGUGUUGUCAUUCGUUAAUUCACAAGGAAAAUGGGUGAACAUUUUUUUCGAAAUAUUCAAAAAGAUGUUGGAAUCGUGCUUCCCCAUUUGAAAAAUAUAUUGGAGCUUGAAGGAUUGGCAGGUAAUGAAGCACUGGGGAAGCUGGAUAAUGAAGACAUCUUGGCUAUGCAAGCUCAAAUGCGUUUUCGAGUAGAGCGAGUUCGACGGAUUGUGGCGAAUGAUCCUUCCAAGUCAUUGGAGGACUAUUACGGUGAUUACGUGGGACAGCCAGAAUUGUUCAGCUUUACCGCUGGUGAUUUGCGUGUGCUUCAAACUUUAGCAGUUGCAGUGGGGAAAAACGGAUUGCAGAAAUAUUUAGCAGCCGAGAUUUCCCGCACCGUUCAUGAUCAAAACCAAUCAAAUUAUCAACCUCAACCAGUCGCUGAUGAACAUUCUGCUCUCGUUUCCCGCCUUUUGGGUCACUUUAAGCAAUGCAUGAAGAAUGACCAAGAGUGGCAGGAAGCAUCACGUUUUAUAAGUUCAAUUACAACCAAAUUUGAAAUUGGAUCCGGUGGUAAAAUCGUUGGGUUAAUAACCUGCCCGGCAUGUAAGAAAAAGGGAAAACCUAAAAAUAUUAAAAUAGUUAAGGAAGCUACUAGGAGCUGGCCACUUUUCAACAUAGUUCGACAUUUCAACACCAAUCUCCGUUCAUCAACCGUAUCGAUAAAUGCAGCGAACAAGCAAAAACGUACUCAUGAAUCCUCCUCAAUAAUGCCAGCGAAACUAUCCCGUUCAAAUAACUCAACCGUCGGACCGAUUGCCGCUGAUGCGAAUUACAGCGAACCUUCUCCUGGUAGGUAUGACCAGGAAGCUUCAUUUGAGAUGCCAAACAUAGACAAUGUCAAUGAAGAAGGAGGAUCAAACAUUGAAGAAGAAUGCUUGUUCAAUUCAUCCAAGUUUCUAGGAGGCGAUCCUGAUAAGAACAUGAUAGAUAAUGACAACGUCAGUGAUAGGGUUGAUGAAAUUAGCCAACCAGAUUCUUUUCUCGUCCAUCUAAAGUCUUCUAUGCACCACCGGCUUAUGGGAUCCAAUUUACAUGCAAGACGGUACACUGAAGUUGAAAAAGAUAUUAUGACGUACGAAUAUCUCACGGCGGGGAAUUCUUUUUUUGAAUACACAUCUUCCAAUACAACAACAAUGUGUAAAAAAAACAAUUCAACGCCAUUUUCAAAAAUAUACGAUUAA